AUGGUAAUGUGCAUUAUCACUAUUUCAUUCAUGCUCGAUGGAUGUUCGAUGCCUGCUCGAUGCAAGCUCGAUGGCACAUCAUUUUUUACGUUGCAUGUUGUGCUCGAUGGUUACUCGAUACCUACUCGAUGCAAGCUCGAUGGUUCUACUGUUUACGUAUUUGUUUCUUACAACGGUGUUUGGGAAAUGCAUGGUAGGAAAUGGUAUUUUAAGGAUGCUGAAGGUGAAGUGAUACCAGUAGAGAAUGAUGUCACUUACUUGCAACUACUUGACAUACUGCACGAGACAUUUCAGGUGGGUAGAGAGGUGUAUGAAUUGAAACUCGAGGUUCCAUACGUAUGCGGCGAGCAACCAUUUGCACCGGUUCAAUUGAAGAAUGAUCGUCAAAUCCUGACUGUUGUUGGAGACUGA